AGGAGUUCCCCUUGUCAGAGCAGAAGCCCUCAGCUCCGCAUUCCGCCGGAGCGCACAGACACACGCCGGCCGCAGCGCAGUCCCGGGCCCCGCACACAACAAGUCCAACCCAGCCCGAGUGGAGACCGAGGAGGAAAAGUUGCUCCGCGGUGUCUUCGGCUGGUCCCGCGCUCUGCUGGUGCUGCUGGACACUUGUCUCUGGUGGUGGAAUGGUUUCCGCUUCCUCUGAGAUCCGUGUGUACUGCGAGAGAAGAAGCUUCAUGUCCGCUCUUUGAGGUUCGAGCCUUAAUUCAUUCCCACUGUGUAACGUCGGCCUGGCGCAGCAUGGUGAUCAUGACGGAGAAGAGCCGGGGGACUCAGUCCAGCUCUGCCCAGGGAAGACCGCUGCAGGUCGGCUUCUACGAGAUUAUCCGCACAUUGGGAAAAGGCAACUUUGCAGUGGUGAAACUGGCCAGACAUAAAGUCACCAAAACCCAGGUGGCCAUAAAGAUCAUUGAUAAGACCAGGCUGAAUCCCUCCAACCUGGAGAAGAUUUACAGAGAAGUGCAGAUCAUGAAGCUGCUGAACCACCCCCAUAUCAUCAAGCUGUACCAGGUCAUGGAGACCAAAGACAUGCUGUACAUCGUGACGGAGUACGCAAACAACGGAGAGAUGUUCGACCACCUGACCACAAAUGGCCGGAUGAGUGAGGUUGAGGCACGAAAUAAGUUUUGGCAGAUUCUCACCGCGGUGGACUACUGCCAUCGACACCACAUUGUCCACCGCGACCUAAAAACCGAGAACCUGUUGCUGGACGCCAACAUGAAUAUAAAACUGGCUGACUUUGGAUUCGGAAACUUCUACAACGCAGGGGAGCCUCUGUCUACAUGGUGUGGCAGCCCGCCUUACGCCGCCCCUGAGGUGUUUGAAGGAAAAGAGUAUGAGGGGCCUCACCUCGACAUUUGGAGCCUCGGUGUGGUACUUUACGUUCUCGUGUGCGGCUCUCUUCCGUUCGACGGACCCAGCCUUCCUGCGCUCAGACAGAGAGUCACAGAGGGACGAUUCAGAAUCCCCUUCUUCAUGUCCGAAGACUGUGAGAACCUCAUCCGUAAGAUGCUGGUGGUGGACCCAGCCAAGAGAAUCAGCAUGGCCCAGAUCAAGCAGCACCGCUGGAUGAUGGCGGACCCAACGGCCGCCCAGAAGACCCUCAGCCACUCGCUCACCGAGUACAACUCGAACCUGGGCGACUACAGUGAACCCGUGCUGGGCAUCAUGAACACACUGGGCAUCGACCGCCAGAGGACUAUUGAGUCUCUGCAGAGCAGCAGCUACAAUCACUUCUCGGCUAUCUACUAUCUGCUGCUGGAGAGAGUGAGAGAGCAUCGCACCCAGCAGCUCAGCCGCCAGUGUGGAACCUGGAGCCAGAGACCCAGGAGCACCUCAGACUCCACUGGCCCAGAGGUCAUAAUGGAGUCCACUGACAGCUUUAGGACCACAGCGUUUUCAAUUCCAGCCAAAAAUACUCCCCCUGUGUACCCGGAGAUGGAGUGUGAUCAAGGGGGAUUGUUCCAGCGUGUGGUGUUUCCAGUGGAGGCCAGCUUUAACAGAUUGCUCUGGAAUCGCUCCAUUUCACCCAACAGCCUGCUGGAGACGAGCAUCAGCGAGGAGGUGCGACCCCGAGACCUGGAGGAGGAGGAGGCAUCGCAAGCUCUUGGGCCCCUGCUCCCUCCCACCACCACCUACCGCCGACACACUCUGGCUGAGGUGUCGGCCCGUUUCCAUCAGUGCAGCCCUCCAUGUAUUGUAGUGAGUCCCUCUGAUGGAGCCUCCUCUGAUAGCUGUCUGAAGUCCUCAUCCAGUCCCACCCGUACUUUACAGGCUGCUAUGGGUGAGAUGUCAGCGCAUCCAGCCUCUUGGGCUGAAGGUGGAGCUCUGCUGCCAGCAGGAGCUCCUCUGAGCCUCUCCUCCCACCUCCUCCCCCCUGCCCAGGGCAGCCUGCCCUCCGCCAGCUUCCAGGAGGGUCGCCGGGCCUCCGACACCUCUCUUACACAAGGCCUCAAAGCUUUCCGCCAGCAGCUGAGGAAAAACACACGUACCAAAGGGCUUCUGGGAUUAAAUAAGAUCAAGGGUCUGACGAGGCAGGUGGUUCCUCCCCUCUCCUUUAACCGCGGCAGCCGAGGUUCAAUGGGUCCCGCCCUCUCUGAGCACCGCAGCAUGCUGGAGGAGGUGCUGCACCAACAAAGGAUGCUGCAGAUCCAACAUCAGCCGCAGCCUCAGGUCCAAGCACCCCAGACUGGACAUACCCAGAAUCCCUUGCUCUUUCUGGCGCAGCAGCAGUCGCCCUCUCCUCCGCCAACAACAGUGUUUGCUCCCUCCUCCAUGUUUUACACCCCCACCACCUCCACCCUGCCUACUCAACCACCUUCAGUGGCUGCACAGCAAAGCCCCUGGCAGCAAACCCUCGAGACUUCCUCCAGCGUCUGCUCCUCAUCCUCCUCGUCCUGCUACUCAUCCUCGCUGUCCCCCGUGGCCUCCGCUGCUUACCUCCUCGAGGCUCGCCUGCACAUCAGCCAGCAACCCAACCCCCAUCCCCACUCCAGCCUCCAGCAGCAGCCCCAGUCUGCAACGCUAGGCAUCUCCCCCAUCCUGUCCAAGCCGGUGGUGUGGAGCCUGGGUGGGGCCUCCGGCACAGAUCCCGACAAACAGGAGUUGGCACUAGCCGGGCAGCAGCAGCUCAGUAGCUGUGUGAUGGUGAAGUAGAACUUCCGCCAUGUUCGAGACCAACAAUUGCUCUCCCUGUGGAGACAGCAAAAAUGACUUGAUUUUGAGCCCAGAAGAAGAAGACAAAGAAGAAGAAGAGAUAAAAGAACAAGAGGAAGGAAGGAAAGGAGAAAGAACAAAUGCAACCGAAAAACGUACACUUUAUUUUCCAUCACGGGCUACACAUCCUGUACACAUGUGUGUAUGUUGUGUUUAUGCUUUUGAUAUCAUAUAAGCUAAAGACAAGCAAUAACCAAACUCUGGAUGAGUUGUUCAAUCUGUAUCAGGCAGUCAGAGAAGCAAUAAUAGACUGAAAGACUCUCAUCCUGCCUCCUGACGGACUCACUUGAAUGAAGUGAGAGCUGACGUUAGCCGAUGUGUUAUGUCUCACAUAUGUGGAUGCUGUCUAAGUCUACUUUUUCAUUUUCUGAAAAAAGAAAGGCCCCAUCUUCCUCAUUCUUUUUUUUUGUGUUAUUUCCUGUUGUCAAUGUUUUUUCACUUGACUGGACAGAAGACCAAAAUUCUCUCUUUCAUUUUUGUUUUUCAUUUCUCCCACAAUGUUGGCCUUUCUAAAGACACAUCCCUCUGUAGCAGUGCAAUGACCAUGCAUGAUUGUGUCCUAAGCUUACAUACAUUCACUUGUGGGGUCAAUUUAGGUUUGUAUUGAAACUGUGAUUUCCUUUUUUUUUCUGUGCAGGAUUAUUAUAGCUACGCAAAUGCUGCUUUUACCUCAAGCUGCAAAAAGACUGCUGCGUCCUCAUCAGCCAAAACUAAAGGAGGAGGUAGUGUAGCUGAUUGAGCAAAGCACAAUAGGUACAUCAGUCAGCUCGAUAGCACCUUAUGCACAGUAUGUGGAUACUCUGAUCCGUAUUCCCCUCAUUCGAUAAUCACUUCUUGUUAGAUGCUUUUUACUACCUCCUCAGGCAAGAAUUUGGAAACAGAAGAAAAACUUUAAACAACACGUCGAUCCCAGAAUACUAGAGGAAUGACAUUUUCCAUGUGGACAAGGCAAAGACUGUGGGAACAGUGCAAUAUUUCACAUUGAAAUACACAGGGAAGGCAGGACCCUACAUAGGAUGGUCAAAAUGUAAAUGCCUGAGGCUUGUUUGAUUCUCAACUCGUCUGUUUGACCUUGCUGUGCUUGCUCGCUGACUACAAACGGUACGAGCUACGUUACUGAUUAACUUGACACUGUAGAAAUGGAGAGGACGAGACUGGAAGGCAUUUCAAAAGGCUGAUUCUGCACGCAGCAUUCUUGGGUGUGUUUUUUUUGUUUUUUUUUUAACCAAAGAGUGAACAGCACAAGAGCUGGGUGAUCGCUCACAGAUACACUACUGACUUUUCACUUUGAGUGCUGUCUCGAAAUGUAGCACGGUGGGUCGCUCGCAUUUCCACAUGUUCUCCUGAGCUUUUGCUGUGAGAAAGAAACCUCCCGUCGCCACCAAACCUUAACGCUACACAUGUGAAUAUCUCCAGCUGUUACUGUCAGGACCAUGGUGGUAUUUGUUUUUUUGUACUUUUCUAGAUAAGCAGAGUGAAAACAUAGCAAUACCAUGUUGUGCUGUAAGUGAAACUUUCUUCAGUUCUCCAUAAGUGGCUAAAAAUUGGUACAAAUGAUGUUUGUGUGCAGAUGAUGUGUUAGAAAGCUGCAGGAGACGUUUAGCAAGUUCUCUCAUUUCUGUGAAACAUCUUGUAGAGGAGAAGUGUUUUUCCAAACCACGCUCUUUGUUGGAAACAUGCAGUAUUGAUAUUUAUACCCGACAUUUUUUUUUUUAUUUGAUUGCACUCGUUAACAACAAACGUGCCUUUCUCUGAACAAACCCACAAUCAGAGGUGUCCGUCUCUGAUCACUACACUGAAGAAAUUCAAAUGAUGCCUCCGUUAUUGGCCGUUCACUCAGAAGCCCCUUUUGACAGCUUCUUCCACCUUUUGAACUCGCUGUGUAAACAGAAGCAAGAAUUGCACUUUAUUCAUAUUUCUUAUUGCCGAUUUGUUUUUUCUCAUGAUGAAGAAAACAUUUAACAACUAUUGAAACACUAAGACUCGAUGCAAAUCUUAAAUUACCCUUUUGAUAAACUUUGGAUAAUAAGAAGUAUUUCAUUUUUUUUUUUUUCUUUGUCAUUCUUUUGUUAUUUGUUACUUGACUGUGUGAGCAUGUGCAUGUCUGUGUGUGUGUGUGGGUGUGUGUUUGUCUGUGUGUGCAUGUGUGGUUGUAUGGAGGGUAGGAAGAGAAACGAAAGGACAGAGAAUGCUAGUUUGAGAAAGAUUGUUUAUUUAUGUGGCUAUUUAUUUAAAUAAACUUCACUUCCUAAA